AUGAAAGAAUACACUACUGGGAAAACACUUAAAAAUAAAUUAUACAACGAAGUGCACCAAUCACCAACCUAUCACUGCUGCAACUGCCAAAAACCUGUUAAAAAAAAUGACCACUUCACACUAAAUAAUUUUGAAGUAAUCAGUCUAAAUAAUGUAAAAAAAUAUUAUAACGAAAUCCUACUCUGCAAAACAUGUUACCACAUCCAAUUUGAAGAAAUAGAAAUCGAUGACCCAAGAGCAGAAGAAUAUUAUAAAAAAGAAGGAAUCAAUAAAUUAACUGAAUGCAACUUUUGUUGCAAACCAAUUAGAAAAAGACAAGGACACCAACUUUGGAAUACACCACAAUAUAUGUGCUAUCUAGAAGAAAUGAUAGUAUUUAUAGUCUAUGCAAAAAUUACUGACAGACCAACAUAUCAAGUUCACCAAAGAAUACACCAUCGAACAAGAUACAGAGUAUAUGCAAGCAAAAGUAUAAAUGAAUCAAAAAUUUAUAGAUUAAUUGCUUUAAUAAAAGAAGAAGAAUCCUUACUUGAUGAAGAAGGAAUCCCAAAACAAUUUGAUCGAAAAAAAAUACUCAGGCAAGAAAAAGAAAAAGAUUUUAUUCAUGAUUGGCAUAUAACCACUACAAACGACAAGAAAUGA